AUGGAUAGAAUUCCACCUCCUGGUGAUAAAAAGGAAGGUUUAUUUUCUUGCUGGGGACGUCUAAAGUUGAAGCUUCCAUGGAUAAGAGAACUCGGACGACAGGCAACCACAAGGCAGAGAAGUGUCGGAAAUCAGGGCGGUUAUCGGUAUGAUCGUGUGAGCUAUGAAAAGAACUUUGAUGAUGGUUCUUGGGACAAAAUGAACGAGGACUCUUCUCAACGAAGCUUCUCAUCCAGAUAUGCUGCCCCUUCAUUCAAAUCACAUGGAGAUAAGUAA